AUGGCUGCGCGGGAACGGCUGCGCGGGAACGGCUGCGCGGGAACAGGUGCGCGGGAACAGGUGCGCGGGAACAGGUGCGCGGGAACAGCUGCGCGGGAACAGCUGCGCAGGAACAGCUGCGCAGGAACAGCUGCGCAGGAACAGGUGCGCAGGAACAGCUGCGCAGGAACAGCUGCGCAGGAACAGGUGCGCAGGAACAGGAUCUCUAGACCACGCGCGCGUACGGAGUUCGUCACCCAUGCUGUUGCAGUGAAGUCUCAUCAGAAAAUCAGAAACAGCUGCGCAGAAGCGGCUGCGCGGAAGCGGCUGCGCGGAAGCGGCUGCGCGGAAGCGGCUGCGCGGAAGCGGCUGCGCGGAAGCGGCUGCGCGGAAGCGGCUGCGCGGAAGCGGCUGCGCGGAAGCGGCUGCGCGGAAGCGGCUGCGCGGAAGCGGCUGCGCGGAAGCGGCUGCGCGGAAACGGCUGCGCAGAAACGGCUGCGCAGAAACGGCUGCGCAGAAACGGCUGCGCAGAAACGGCUGCGCAGAAACGGCUGCGCAGAAACGGCUGCGCAGAAACGGCUGCGCAGAAACGGCUGCGCAGAAACAGCUGCGCAGAAACAGCUGCGCAGAAACAGCUGCGCAGAAACAGCUGCGCAGAAACAGCUGCGCAGAAACAGCUGCGCAGAAGCAGCUGCGCAGAAGCAGCUGCGCAGAAACAGCUGCGCAGAAACAGCUGCGCAGAAACAGUGCGCAGAAACAGCUGCGCAGAAACAGCUGCGCAGAAACAGCUGCGCAGAUACAGCUGCGCAGAUACAGCUGCGCAGAUACAGCUGCGCAGAAACAGCUGCGCAGAUACAGCUGCGCAGAAACAGCUGCGCAGAAACAGCUGCGCAGAAACAGCUGCGCAGAAACAGCUGCGCAGAAACAGCUGCGCAGAAACAGCUGCGCAGGAACAGCUGCGCAGAAACAGCUGCGCAGAAACAGCUGCGCAGGAACAGCUGCGCAGGAACAGCUGCGCAGAAACAGCUGCGCAGAAACAGCUGCGCAGAAACAGCUGCGCAGGAACAGCUGCGCAGGAACAGCUGCGCAGGAACAGCUGCGCAGGAACAGCUGCGCAGAAACAGCUGCGCAGGAACAGCUGCGCAGGAACAGCUGCGCAGCAACAGCUGCGCAGAAACAGCUGCGCAGAAACAGCUGCGCAGAAACAGCUGCGCAGAAACAGCGGCGCAGAAACAGCGGCGCAGAAACAGCGGCGCAGAAACACUCUAUAGCCUCCGGUUACAGGAGCGUACCUCCAUGUUCAAUGUUUUUUGGGCAGUUGAACAUGUAAAGUUGAAUCCCAAGCGGCUGCGCAGAAACGGCUUCGCAGAAACGGCUGCGCAGGAACGGCUGCGCAUAAGCGGCUGCGCAGAAGCGGCUGCGCAGAAGCGGCUGCGCAGAAGCGGCUGCGCAGAAGCGGCUGCGCAGAAGCGGCUGCGCAGGAACGGCUGCGCAGGAACGGCUGCGCAGGAACGGCUGCGCAGGAACGGCUGCGCAGGAACGGCUGCGCAGGAACGGCUUCGCAGGAACGGCUUCGCAGGAACGGCUGCGCAGAAGCGGCUGCGCAGAAGCGGCUGCGCAGAAGCGGCUGCGCAGAAGCGGCUGCGCAGAAGCGGCUGCGCAGAAGCGGCUGCGCAGAAGCGGCUGCGCAGAAGCGAUUGCGCAGAAGCGGCUGCGCAGAAGCGGCUGCGCAGAAGCGGCUGCGCAGAAGCGGCUGCGCAGAAGCGGCUGCGCAGAAGCGGCUGCGCAGAAGCGGCUGCGCAGAAGCGGCUGCGCAGAAGCGGCUGCGCAGAAACGGCUGCGCAGGAACGGCUGCGCAGAAACGUCUGCGCAGAAACGGCUGCGCAGAAACGGCUGCGCAGAAACGGCUGCGCAGAAACGGCUGCGCAGAAACGGCUGCGCAGAAACGGCUGCGCAGAAACGGCUGCGCAGAAACGGCUGCGCAGAAACGACUGCGCAGAAACAGCUGCGCAGAAGCGGCUGCGCAGAAGCGGCUGCGCAGAAUCGGCUGCGCAGAAGCAGCUGCGCAGAAGCAGCUGCGCAGAAGCAGCUGCGCAGAAGCAGCUGCGCAGAAACAGCUGCGCAGAAACAGCUGCGCAGAUACAGCUGCGCAGAUACGGCUGCGCAGAAACGGCUGCGCAGAAACGGCUGCGCAGAAACGGCUGCGCUGAUACGGCUGCGCAGAAGCGGCUGCGCAGAAGCGGCUGCGCAGAAGCGGCUCCGCAGAAACGGCUGCGCAGAUACGGCUGCGCAGAAACGGCUGCGCAGAAACGGCUGCGCAGAAACGGCUGCGCAGAAACGGCUGCGCAGAAACGGCUGCGCAGAAACGGCUGCGCAGUAACGGCUGCGCAGAAACGGCUGCGCAGAAACGGCUGCGCAGAAACGUAUGCGCAGAAACGGCUGCGCAGAAACGGCUGCGCAGAAACGGCUGCGCAGAAACGGCUGCGCAGAAACGGCUGCGCAGAAACGGCUGCGCAGAAACGGCUGCGCAGAAACGGCUGCGCAGAAACGGCUGCGCAGAAACGGCUGCGCAGAAACGGCUGCGCAGAAACGGCUGCGCAGAAACGGCUGCGCAGAAACGGCUGCGCAGAAACAGCUGCGCAGAAACAGCUGCGCAGAAACAGCUGCGCAGAAACAGCUGCGCAGAAGCAGCUGCGCAGAAGCAGCUGCGCAGAAACAGCUGCGCAGAAGCAGCUGCGCAGAAACAGCUGCGCAGAAACAGCUCCGCAGAAACAGCUGCGCAGAAACAGUGCGCAGAAACAGCUGCGCAGAAACAGCUGCGCAGAAACAGCUGCGCAGAUACAGCUGCACAGAUACAGCUGCGCAGAUACAGCUGCGCAGAAACAUUUGCGCAGAAACAGCUGCGCAGAAACAGCUGCGCAGAUACAGCUGCGCAGAUACAGCUGCGCAGAAACAGCUGCGCAGAAACAGCUGCGCAGAAACAGCUGCGCAGAAACAGCUGCGCAGGAACAGCUGCACAGAAACAGCUGCGCAGAAACAGCUGCGCAGAAACAGCUGCGCAGGAACAGCUGCGCAGGAACAGCUGCGCAGAAACAGGUGCGCAGGAACAGGUGCGCAGGAACAGCUGCGCAGGAACAGCUGCGCAGGAACAGGUGCGCAGGAACAGGUGCGCAGAAACAGCUGCGCAGAAACAGCUGCGCAGAAACAGCGGCGCAGAAACAGCGGCGCAGAAACAGCGGCGCAGAAACACUCUAUAGCCUCCGGUUACAGGAGCGUACCUCCAUGUUCAAUGUUUUUUGGGCAGUUGAACAUGUAAAGUUGAAUCCCGUACGCGCGUGGUAG